UAUACCACAAAGGAAGAUAGAAGCUACAUCCAGUCACAGAACCACCCAGAUUUGACUCAUACAGGCCCUCCGCAAACUGCACAAGCAACGACGUCUUGGCGUAGAGGAGCAAGAGAUCGUUCAUCAGGGCGUAAUGCAUCCAAAAACAAGAGAAAACGUCUGCUAAGUGUCUACGAAGUGUCCCAGAUAGCGGUUGCGAAAAACAUAACGACCAGACUGGGUCUUUUAGCCUAUGCUCAAGAGCAAAAAAGUCUCGGUAAAAUUGACCUAGCACAAUUCAUUGCAAAUCGUGGGUCGAGAGUUGUAGAUGAGGCUAUAAAAGUAGGCUGGGAAUUAGAGCAAGCGCCUAAUACACUCUUGAGAUCCAAGCAAACCCGAUUGGAGCGCCUUGAAGCUGUUUAUAAAGGUGAAUGUGCUCCAAAUUGUAACAAAUUAUGGCUGGAAUUAGCAACUAGUAUUCUGAGCCAUAAUAAUAUAUUAAAGUCAGAGUUUGUAGCAGCUGUUCGUUUGUCACUAGAGAAAGGGCGUGGCAAAUACAGAAAUAUCAUCAUAACUGGCCCUUGCAAUUGUGGGAAGACAUUCAUAUUAAGUCCUCUUACUCUUAUAUACGACACCUUUAAUAACCCCGCAACAGCCACCUUUGCAUGGGUAGGAGUGGAGAACAGCGAAGUAAUAUUCCUCAAUGACUUUCGCUGGUCGCCACAGAUAAUACCGUGGCAUAACCUACUGUUAUUAUUAGAAGGACAGCUAGUGCGUUUUCCUGCACCGAAAACACACUAUGCAAAAGACAUCGUCUUUGAUUCUGAUGCCCCAAUCUUUUGUACAGCCAAUGAAGAGUUGUCCUAUGUCCGAGGUGGAGUGCUUGAUCGUGUGGAAACCGACAUGAUGACAGUGAGGUGGAGAUCUUUCAAGUUCUUCUAUCAGAUACCCGAGGAGGAGCAAGUCACUACAACCCCAUGUCCACGCUGUUUUGCAGAGUUCAUUUUGCAUUGAGA